GUUCCGUGUCCACGUCAAACCUGACAGCAAUCGACGCCGCAGCCGAGCUGAUGGCUGCAGUUGAGGUGGCACUUUCUGGACGCCGUGUUGUUUAGACCGGCGAGAAAACUGCUGAGAAAUACCCCUCGCGCUCCCCGUUAACGACACAGACCUCAACGUAAGGACGUAAUCUCCGUUGUUGGCUGUCUGGUUGGGAUAUAACGUCGCUUAGCUUAGCUUAGCUCGACACAUUCCUGAAGGCAAAAGAUCAGCUGUCAUUAGCCGAACCGGGGUCUUUGCUAAAUGAGCGUCUGUCAGCCUGAAACGCGACUUUGUUCCGGAAGAUUAAAGUGGAUUUUGAAGUUAACUAAGUCCCCUUGGUGUAGAGUUUACAGUUCAGCUUGAUGACCGAGUUUACUGUAUCACAUCUGGAGUCAAAGCUAGGCUAGCUUUCCUCCCCCCCUCACCCCUUUAGUCCUCUUCGGCCCUGCUUUGUUUUGGUUUGGUUUGUAGUCGUCCUCGAGAUGUCAUCCUGGCUGGGUGGAAUCGGCUCCGGCCUCGGCCAGUCUCUGGGCCAGGUCGGUGGGAGCCUGUCCUCUUUCACCGGACAGAUCUCAAACUUUACCAAAGACAUGCUACUGGAAGGGGUGGAAGAAGUUGGAGAUGCUGCCACAGAACUGCAUGUGUCCAAUACCAAGUUGGCCGACAUCGAGGGUGCUUUUGCCUCUCAGAAAUCUGAGUACGACAGGUUGAGAAGGCUCCAUGCCGAGCUCGAGGAGAAGCUGGAGGCCUCAGAGAUCCAGAUUAAAGGACAGUCCGCAGACUACAGAACCCUUCUGCAACAGAAAGAUGUGGAGCUCAGUCACCUGAAAGCUCGACAGAGUGGACUCCAGGAGGAAGUCCAGAAUCUGCAGCACUCGGCUCAGUCUGCCUCCGUCGGUCCGGCCAUGCUGCCUGUCACCACUUCUUCCUCGACCACAACCUCCUCUUCUGUCUCCUCCUACAUGUCGCGGCCCUUGGACUCCCACCAGGGUUUCCACGGCGACGAAAUGGACCUCAGCGACGUGAUCUGGUCGCAGCAGGAGAUCAACCGGCUGUCGACAGAAGUCAUGCGUCUGGAGGCCGAGGUGGCGCACUGGAGGCGAAUGUCUCAGGCAUCGACAGCAGCAGCAGCUGGUAAUGGCGACCAGGAAGAGGUUCUCAAACUUCAAAGAACUAUUAAGGAGCUGCGGGAGGAGAUGAGCCGUGAGGUGGAUGAACACCAGCAUGAACUGGCAGCUCUGCAGGACGCCCAGCGGCAGAAGAUGGCCGACAUCACACGGCGACAUAGAGAGGACCUAGCAGAGUACGAGGAGAGGAUAGAGGAGCUGGAGGAACAGAUUCAUGGUGGCGGUGGUCCAGCCACUUCCCCGUCAGAUGCCUCCAAACUGCCUGAACUUCAGAAAACCAUAAGCUCCCUGCAGGAAGCGGCCGACCAGCGGGAGAAUCAGCUGGCUGAGCUGUCCGCCAGUCUGGAGGAGGCGCACACGAAACAGGCGUCACUGCAGGCGGAGAAAGACGAGGCCCAGGAAGAAAACACCGGGCUGCUGCAGAACUACACGCGGCUGCAGGCCUCCGUCACCGAGCUUCAGACGCGGGUACAAGAGCAGGAGGGGAAGUCUCUGCAAAAAGCCCAGCUGGACCACGAGAUCCAAGUUUUGAAAACGAACCUUGCAGAAGCAGAAAAAGAAAUAGCAGAUCUGAAAAGCAUGACUGGGGCAGAACCAAAGGAAGAAGUUGAACAUGCAGACAUCUUAGAACUGAACACCAUUAUUGGGACGUUGAGACAAGAAAAGGAAAUCCUAGAGCAAGAAAAGCUCACUCUCCAAGACAGACUAGAAAUAUCAGAGGAACAAACAGUUAGCAAUAAUGAAGCAGAGUCUGGUGCCACAGAGUCACUGGAGGAUCUGAAGGCGGAGCUGGAGAGGAGAGAAAAGGCCCUGAGCAACACAGAGGAGGAGCGAGACACUCUGAUGUCUGAGCUGGAGGAACUAGACCGGCAAAACCAGGAAGCAACGCAGCACAUGAUCUCAGUGAAGGAGCAGCUCUCUGGACAGCUGAGGGAGGCCGAGGCGGAACUGACUGGACUGACAACAGAGCUGAACACAACCAAAGACCAGAGGAGGGCACUGGAGCAAGAGCUGGAGAACCAAAAAGAGAAAGCGAGCCAGAGCGCUUUCACCCUCAACGACCUGCAUAUGAGCAAACAGGAGCUGGAACAGACGGUGAAGGAGCUGAAAGACAAACUGGGACAUGCACAGGAGCAGAGCAGGGAGGCACGAAGAGAAAUCACAGAGCUGAAGAGGACUUCUCAGGAGCGAGAGGAGCAAUUAUCUUUGGCUAAAGCAGAGCUGGAUCAUGCAGGGGGGAGAGGAACUGGGGCUCAGGGAACUGGAGAGAAGCAAGCAGGGAAGGAGAGGGAGUUGUCAGAGCUCAAGAGACAAUUGGAUGAGAUGAGGAGCUCUCAGCAGAAGGUGCUGUCUGAGGACUAUGAGCUGAAGAUGGAGAUCAGGAGGUUGGAGACGCAGAGUGAGCAGGCUGUGGGUAAAACUGAGGAACUAACCAAGCAGAUGAAGGAAAGCCUGGGAGCUCUGAACAGGUCAGUACGUGAGAAAGACACUCGUAUCGAAGCUCUGAAGCUGGAGAAAAGUCAAAUAGAGGGGGAAUUGGAGCAGGCUGAGAGGAUGCUAACAGAACAGGGGAAACAGUUCCAGCAGACCAUCGAGGAGUUGACUCGAGCCCGCUCCAUGGACGCCUCCGCUUUACAGACGGAGCACGAGUGCGCCAUCAAACUCAACCAGGAGAAAGACAUGGAGAUAUCUCAGCUGAAGAGAGACGUGGAGCAGCUGGCGUCCGACCACAGAGACACCAACGAGAUGCUUUCCAUCACAGUCGCGGGGCAGAAGCAGCUGACGGAUUUGCUGCAGGAGAAGGAUGUCUUCAUGGACACGUUAAAACAGAACGCUUCAGAUUUGCAGAAGGAGAUGGAGAACAGUAUUUUAGUCGUGACAAAGGAAGCGGAUGCUCUCAAACUGGCACUAGAGGAGAAGGAUAAACAGUUGGGGGGUAUGAAAGAGAAGAACAGUCAUUUGAAAGAAGAGAUCGACCGAUUCAGGGAUCAGCAGAGCAGACCUCAAACGCUGUCUGAGCCCAGGACCUUAGACAUCAUCACAGAGCUGGAGACGGAGAUCACCCAGCUCAAGUCCUCCAGGAAUAGUCUGGAAGAGGAGGUCCAGAUUCUGAGGAGGACCAUGGAAGAGCUGCAGGCCUCUCUCCUUCUGUCGCAGCAGUCCCUCCAGGGGCAGCAGACGGAGCUGGAGCAGGCUCACGCUCGCCAUCAGCAGACCACACUGAACUAUGACAGACUCAUCCAUGCCAGAGAUGAAGAGAUAUCCUGCCUCCAUCAGACUGUAGAUCAGCUCAGCGAGGGUCGAGUGCGUGACUCCCCACCUGUGCAGGGUGAGGUCAUCCUGCAGGAGGAGAAGACCCAGACUCUAAAUCAGGAGAACGGCAACGAGAAACACGACCUGUCAAAGGUAGAAAUAGAAAGACUGGUGAGAGGCAUCAAGGAGAAAGAGACUGAGAUCAGCCUGCUGAACGAGAAGAACCUCUCGCUGACCAGACAGCUGGAUCAGCUGGUGGUGUACCGCGAUGAGGUGAGCAAACUGUCCCAGUUGAUCCUGCAGAAGGAUUUAGAGAUCCAGGCGCUUCAUGCCAGACUGUCCAUGGUCGGAGGUGGUGGACACAGCCAGGAUGUCAUGUUCCUACAGCAGCAGCUGCAGGCGUACGCCGUCGAGAGAGAGCAAGUGCUUGCCGUGCUCAACGAGAAGACCAGAGAGAACAGCCAGCUUCGCUCCGACUAUCACCGCCUCAUGGAUAUCAUGGCAGGGAAGGAGGCGGCCCUGUCAAAGCUUCAGCAGGAGAACCAACGCCUCUUCAACAUGAGCGACCCCUCGGGAAGCCAAGAGAUGUUCAAGGAGACCAUCCAGAACCUGUCCCGCAUCAUCAGGGAGAAGGACAUAGAGAUCGAUGCUUUGACCCAGAAGUGCCAGACCCUGGUGACCGUCCUGCAGUCCUCGGCAGGAGAGUUUGGUAGCGGCUCCGGAGGGGUCAGCAGCAACCAGUUCGAGGAGCUGCUGCAGGAGAGGGACACGCUGAAACAGCAGGUGAAGAAGAUGGAGGAGUGGAAGCAGCAGGUGAUCACCACGGUCAAGAACAUGCAGCACGAGUCGGCUCAGCUGCAGGAGGAGCUGAUCAAGCUGCAGGGUCAGGUCUGCGCUGACAGCGACAGCAGCUCCAAGCUGUCGGUGGACUACGCCGGACUGAUCCAGAGCUACGAGCAGAAGGAAAGGAGGCUGGGAAGUCUGAGUCAGGAACUCGCUCAGGUCCAGCAGACCAUCACCCAGCUCAGCACCACCAAGGAUGUCCUGCUGGGUAAACUGGACAUCGUAGCUCCUGAAGUCGUAGCUGCUCAAGCUAGUGGAGCUUCUCUCACAGCUGAUGCUCCGAGCCGCCAGGCGUCUCCAACAGCAAACUACGAGAAACCCACAGAAGAAAUUAUUCAAUUGAGAAUUCAGUUGGCUGAGAAGGAAAACAUAAUCGUGACUCUACAGGAGAACAACCGCCGGCUCUCCAACUCGGCAUCGGCCACAGAGAGCGAGCAGAGGAGUCAGGUCGAGGAGGUUCGGCUGGUCCGAGAGAGGCUGGAGGCCCUGCAGGGGUCUGUGAGGGAGAAGGACCUGCUCAUCAAAACCAAAGGCGACCAGCUGAGUCACGUCAGAGAGUCACUGCGGAACCGCGAGAAUGACAACGAGGUGCUGAAGCAGGCCGUGACCAACCUGAAAGAGCGCGCCCUCAUUCUGGAAAUGGAUGGGAGGAAGCUGAAGGAGGAGAACGAGCUGGUGGCUUCACGCUCUCGGGAGAAAGAGUCCGAGUUCAGAGCGCUGCAGGAAACCAACAUGCAGGUUUCCCUCCUGCUGAGAGAGAAGGAGUUUGAACUGAGUGCAGUGAGCGAGAAGUCUGCAACAGUGGAGAGGAUGCUCAAGGACAAAGAGCAGGGUAAGUCUGGUGAGCUGAAUCAACUCCUGAAUGAACUGAAGUCCAUGCAGGAGAAAGCGUUGGCGUUCCAGCAGGAGAGGGAUCAGGUGAUGAUGGCACUGAAGCAAAAACAAAUGGAGACCACCGCAGUACAAACUGAGCUUCAGCAUAUGAGGGACAAAGAACAGCGUCUCAACUUGGAGCUGGAAAGGUUACGUAAUCACCUCUUGGAGAUCGAGGACUCGUACACGAGAGAAGCCCUCGCUGCAGAGGACAGGGAGACGGAGCUGCGCAGGAGGGUGGCACUGCUGGACGACAAACUGGCCACAUCCUCCAGCGCUGUGGAGAAUGCCAGCCAACAGGCCAGCAUGCAGGUGGAGUCUCUGCAGGAGCAGCUGACUAGAGUGGUGAAGCAGAGGGACGAGGCACUGAUCAGUCUCAGAACCUCCCAGGAGCAGGUCAACCAGUAUGCAGUGUCGCUCUCCAACCUGCAGAUGGUGCUAGAGCAGUUUCAACAAGAAGAGAAAGCCAUGUACUCUGCAGAGCUCGAUAGGCUCAAGAAGGAGAAGGACGAGUGGAAAAGAAAAGCACUGAGGCUGGAGGACCAAGCAUCGUCCCUUCAGGUUAACCUCGAUGAAGCCAACAGCGCUCUCGAAUCGGCGUCUCGCCUCACUGAUCAGCUCGACCUAAAUGAGGAGCAAAUUGAUGAGCUGAAAAAACAAGUGGAACUCAGACAGGAGAUGUUGGAGGAGGCGCAGAGGAAACUGAUGAACCUUCUAAACAGCACAGAGGGGAAGAUAGACAAAGUCCUGAUGCGUAACCUGUUCUUGGGAUACUUCCACACACCUAAAACCAAGCGGGCCGAUGUGCUGAGGCUCAUGGGAAGUGUUCUGGGACUGAGCAGAGAAGAUGUUGAUAAGAUGUUGGGGGAGGACGGACCGCACGGUGUUACUGGAUGGAUGUCGAACUGGCUCGGAGGCAGAGGAGCGCAGAGCGUCCCAAACACCCCGCAGAAGCCCACCAGUGGCCAAGGGUUCAACUCGUCCUUCUCAGAGAUGUUUGUGAAGUUCCUGGAGAUCGAGUCGACCCCUUCGCUGCCCGCGGCGAGGCUUCCGGCCCAUGACAUCAAGGCUCUGAGCGCUCCGCCUCAGAGACGGACCGGCAGUGCCGCUGCAGGAGCUGCGGCACUCGGCAAGCGACCCGGCGAGUUCAACCCUUUCCUGGCCUCUCGCUCUGCCGCCGUCCCCCUGCUGGCUGGUUCCAGCUCCGGCGGCUCAGGAGGUCACCUGCUGAUGAAGCCCAUCUCCGACGCCCUGCCCACCUUCACACCUGUGCCGGUCUCCGCCGAGGACAGUGGCGGCGCUGUGCUCAAGGACUUGUUGAAGCAGUGAUCGGCCCCAUCAAGAGAGCGCCGGACAGACACAUUAAUCCAUUCAACAUGAGUUUUACACUACACGGACUGAGAUACGUUAGCAGUUCUGCUAAUUAUUGCUGCUCUUUUUUUCUUUUCUUUCCUUUUUAAAAAAAAAAAAAUAUCCUGCAAAAAUAAAUGUCGAAGUCAUUCCUUUUUUUUCUUCUUUUUUUUUUUGCGGGACGUAUUUUAUUGCGAUCACUGUCCUAUGCAAUAGUUUCCCUUUUACACAUCGGUCUCAACAUCAUUGUUAACUUGAAGACGAUCGCGAAGUGACUCCACAUGCAAAACGGACGCAGGAUGAGAACAUUUUCAACUCUGUAGAGAGCAACGCCGCCGGUUUUCAGAAAGUUUCUUUUGGGUUACGUCUCACAUUUUAGAUUUUUCUUCAUCGCACAAGUUUUGAACACGAGUGAGCGUGUUGACUCACUGUGUGCAGUUCAACCCAUGCGGGUUGAGUCUAUUCGUCACCUCUGUUGGCGACAGGAAGCAUCUCAUGUCCUUUAGUCUUCAUCCGUUUACUUAUUUUCUUGUCUUUAUUUCUUUUCAACGACUCAGUGAUCCGUUUCUGAACCAGGACUUGCCUAAAAACUCUGGCAGCAGAAGUCUGCGUCGACAUUUAUGUGGUUCAGUACAUCUGUUCAAACCAUAAGGACAUUUUUUCUAAAUCUUGUCUUUUCCAGACGGCAAGACUGUGAUAUGCAACAAGCGUAGUAUUUAUGGCUGUUACUGCGGACUGUGGUUGUUCGGAGGCCGGAGGCUGCUCAUGUGUUAAAGUACAGUACUAUUAUAUAGUUAUAUGUAUGUAAAUGGGUGGCGUUGUUUCCUAUUUAUGGGCACUAAGGAAGUUUUUUUAAUUUAAGUGCCUGCAUUUUGCUAAUUGAGAUAGUUGUAUAAUCAGGAUUGUAAAUGGUUAAUAUAAAUAUAUAUAUUUACAAAAUGUAAAAACUGCACAUUUAAAAAGUUUUACCUGACCAGAGCUGGCCGGUGCAUAAAAGAGCUGCUCUACAUUUUUGUAUAGAGCUGCAGAGUAAUACAGGGUUUCUCCAGGUGUAUUGUUGACGUGUAAAAAAAAAAAAAAAAAAACACCCAAAAAACUGUAAAUCCUCACUGUAAGAUAUUUUUCUGGAGAUGUAAAAUCUGAUAUGUCUGAAAAGGGAGUUGGAUUACCUUGAACUUGGAUGAUCUUUACCUGAUGUAAGUACCCGUGAUUUAAUUGGAAUUUAAAGUCAAAUAAAGAUACUGCUGUGCUGGCCCUUUA